GCCGACGUCAGCACGCAAAACGCGUGACGACAUGCGCAUACGCCACCCCGUCGCUGUGCUCCAGCGUCACGUGACGCGCAGGUCGCGACGAGUUUCGCCCGUGAGAAAAUCCAACGCGCACGAGAUCUUCCUCAAAUUUCUGCACAUCUGAUGGGUUUGUGAUUCUGUGAUGGAGUGCACAAUCUGCUUUGAACCGUUUAAAUUCCCUGUGACACUCCAUUGCGGUCACACCUUCUGCAAGGAAUGCAUCUCUAAAUUCUGGGAUGGGAAGGAGAAAGAGGAAGUCACCGUCAUCCAGUGCCCCGUGUGCAACUACGUCUACGACAAAAUACCCCAACUGAAUCGUAACGUGUCUCUCGCAGAGUUAACAGAGAUGGUGGCUGCAGGCAGUCCGGUUAAGAGAGAUGUCAGCACCGGAGGUCCAGUUCACACGGAGCCGGAGGAGCUUUGCGGACGCCAUCAGAAACCUCUGGUCAUUUACUGCAAGAAAGACCGUAUGUGUGUUUGCUAUGAGUGCUCUGUGAAAGAGUGUAAGGGCCACGACCAGAUUUUGGUUGUAGAAGAACGAAAACACAGAGAGGAAGGAUUGAUGAGGAAGAGUGCUGAAAUCAAGAAACAACAAGAAGUCACUGAAAGAUGUUGCCUGGAGCUCAAGGAAAACAUGGCCAAAUCAAAGGUGUCGUUACAGCAGACGUCUCAAUGGGUGAACACCAAGUUCACUCAGCUAAUGAAGGUGUUGGCAGAGAAACAGGAAGUGACGGAGCGUUUUCUGGAGCAGCAGCAGGAAGUGACCGUGUUACAUGCUGAGGAGAGACUGGCAGUACUGGAGGAGAGACACAAGCAGCUUACGGCCCUGCAGGAGGAGAUCAGCAACCUGCUUUCUCUCCCUCACUGCCAACUUAUCCAGGAGUCCAGACUCAUAGAGGUACCACAGUUCAGUGAAGUUCCUGCAGAUGUGACCGCAUGCGUUCAGGAGAAGCUGAACCCGGUCACUGAAGUUCUGUCUCGUAUCUCUAAACUGGUCUGUGAAGAUCUGGAGAGAGCGGUGCAUGUGUUUGAAGGACAAGAGAAGGAGGGUUCUCCUCAAGAUAAGAGGCCAAUUCUGGCAGUUGUUCCCAGUCCUGCAACAUCAUCAUAUCCAGCCGAGAAGGAGGGUCUUAGCACAUAUCGUUGCAGCCUGACCUUUGACCCUCGCACCGCCAACGCUCACUUGCUUCUUUCCCAGAGCAACAGGAGGGCAGAGCAUCUCACCUCUGGACCCCGCCAAGUCAAUGACGACGAGUUACGCUUUGACUACACCUGGCAGGUGUUGUGUUUCCAGAGCUUCACGCGUGGCCAGCAUUACUGGGAGCUUGAGGUGUCCAAACCGUGGGCUUAUGUUGGGGUGACGUACCCGAACAUCCCACGCAAAGAGAAGGGUAAACGGAGCAUGGUGGGAAUGAACGAGCUGUCGUGGAGCCUGCAGCUUGACGAACGGCAACUGAGCGCUUGGCACGCCGGCCGCAAAGAGUCCGUCGCAGGCCGGCUGCAGCUAAACACGCAGCGCCUGCGCAUCGGAAUGCUGUUGGACUACGAGGCCGGAACGCUGACCUACUAUGGUGAGGGACAGGUGCGACUGCACGCCUUCCAUUGCGUCUUUUCACAACCACUGUUUCCGGCGUGCUGGAUUGGGGAAGGUGUCACUGUUACGCUCUGUGGACUGUGAACCUGAACAUAUUUGUUUCCUUAAGGAAAUCUCCUUGCUAGGAUCUGCGCCGUACAUUAACCUGUUGUGUUUUUAAGCAAGGGUGAGAUUUGCGAAGGAGAUGCGUAAUGUUGCACUGUUACAACCAUCCAUGGACUGUUUUUGUUUGUAUGUUGUGUCUAAGAGAGGUCAAGAUUAACUUCUGCUGUAUCUAGAUUUACAAUUAUAAUUUUAAAAGAUUUGUUAGCAGAUCCUAUUAGCGUCAAGCUCGACAGGUACAACAUGGCACUAGCAACGCCAAGGUCAGGAGUUUGAUUCCCAGGAAGCCCUAAACUGAUGAAAUAUACACUGAAAGCACUGUAAUUUACUUUUAGUGAAAGUAUCUGCCAAAUGCGUAAGUGUAAAUGUAGAUCAUGUUUAAAGAUCAUGGUGAUUUGUUUAUAGCCGUGUUUUAUUUUCAUGUGGAUUAUGGUUCUGGUAAAUGUGAGUUGUAUGUCCACUGUAUCUGUUUGACCAUCAUUUUGGUCAUUUUUAAAAAUGUAGAUGCGUGCAAAGGUAAGGAAUGAUUGCCGACGGGCCGUUAAAUUAUUAGAAAAUAAUGCACUGGUGAUGCGGCCACGAUGCAAAGCGGAUGCGAGUUAAUUUUGAGAAUUCAAAACACCGGAGUAACAUCCGGUUAUACCAUGGUUACAGCAUAAGACAUUGUUCGGAUGUUUUAUUUUGUGAUGUUUGACAGUUUUUUUGCCCUUAAAAUGCUAUUUUGAGUAGGACUAAUGUCUUACGCAGCUCAUCUAAAGCCUCCAUUGCUAAUUCCAAAAUGUCAUUUAACAAAGAGAGAGAACAUGCAUAUGUGUUUCCAGUACUAGAGAUGCACCGAUAUUACAUUUUUCCACCGAUACUGAUGUUCAGACUGAUAUCUGCCCAUACCGAUAGUUGGUGGUUAUAUUAAAACUUGCAUUUAAGGUGCAGUGUGUAAAUUUUAGUGGCAUCUAGUGGUGAGGUUGCAAAUUGCAACCAACAGCUCAGUUCACAGCUCACCCCUCGCUUUUGAAACGCAUAGAGAAGCUACGGUAGCCGACACAGGACAAACAUGUCAUCGUCGGAGACAACUUAGUAAAAAAGUUAAGUCCGUUAAAGGCUUCUGUAAAAACAUGGCGGCACAAAAUGGCGUCUUCCAUGAAAGGGGACCCUCGGUGUAUGUAGAUAAAAACAUCUCAUUCUUAGGUAAUAAAAACAUAAUGGUUCAUUAUGAAAGGUCUUUAUACACCCCUGAUCAUAUAGUUUUGUGUGUUAUUUUGCAUUUCUGUCAAGAGAUACUUCUAAAAAUUACACACUGCACCUUUAACUAAAUUCUAACGAUUAAAUUUCUGAAUGUUAUUUAUUCAUAUAAUAACCAAUAAUAGUGAACAUUAAAAUAGUGAUGUUUCUU